AAUAUACAAUUAAAAUUUAAAAUAGGUUUUCCAAAGUGGAGUAGUUUGUCUUAGAUGUGGCAGUAAUUUGAGGACAAAGCUUUCUCUAGUAGGGAAGUAGGUAGAACUCAGGAGCCAAAAGUGUGCUUGUGCUAAGGAAAAGCUCUUCAAUUCAUAGAUCAGGUGGGCACAAAGUCCAUCUGGUCCCUAAAGAUCAGAAAGUUGAACAUAACAGCAUGACUGUUUGGGAAAGAGACCUGCCCAAGCAGGGCAGAGCCAGAGAGGGUGGGUGGGUUCAACCAAAUGUCCAGGUCCAUCAUGCAAGCUUAUAAAACUAAGGAAGGUCCAAAGCCAAGAUGGAAGGCAUCUGCAAGUUGGAAUCAGAGUUCCUGAAACCCAUGGCUAGUCAUAAGCUUGGCACUGCAUGAACUGGAGACCAGUAUUUAUUCAGUAUAGCUUAGACAGGAUCUGAAGACCUAGAGCUGAGAUUAUAAGGACACCCCAGCAUGUGGGCAGAAGAUGUGAAUGGAAGUUCCAGAGAUUAGAAAACGAACAGAAGAACCUAGAGAAGAUGGAGUCACCUCUUCCUACAGCAAGCAACAGACGUGAGGAUAUGCUUCAAAGUGCCUUGAAGAAAAGGAAAAAUCUCCUGCAGGAGCUUAAGGAGCAGCACCUUCUGGAGGAGCUGUUACGGCCUUCUGCACCAGCUGGGGGACAGUAUAGGAACUACAGUGCUGGUCUCCCACGCAUCUACCAGAUACCUUUUCCAGCAUCUCGAGCUGAAACACCUAGGAUUAUCCAACAGACGGUAAGGAUUGUCGCUCCUAGGAAACACUGGACAAAUCCUGCACUGACUUCUCCAUUUUCUUUUCUUAUCCAGAUGCCUCCUCAGCCUGCUACGAUCAUCCAGCAGCUCCCACAGCCACCCCCACUGAUAGCACAGAUCCCCACUGCCCAGCCCUUUGCACAUCCUCGCUCAGGAAGCAUUAAAGAAGAUAUGGUGGAGAUGAUGCUGAUGCAGAAUGCACAGAUGCAUCAGAUCAUCAUGCAGAACAUGAUGCUGAAGUCUCUCCCACCGAUGACGUUUGCACAGCCUGCCAGACCCAGCUACCCACUGCUUCAGCACACACAGCAGGACCUGCAGCUCACCGCUCCUGUGGCUGUGAAAGCAGAUCGUCCCUGGCUGUCUGCAGUGCAUCACCACCACCACUACUCUCCUCCGGGGCUGGCCCUCCGUGCCAUGCCUGCUGGGCUCCCGGUGCCAGGUGAGGGACUGCCGCCUGCAUCCUCAGCCCAGUGUUGGACCAGCAGCGUGCUCCCAGCUAUGCAGAUGUGGCCCACCUACUGACAGGAUGUGUUCCUCUGAAGGUGGACAAUUGCAUUGCUGAGUUCAACCUGCUUUUGAGCUGUUCCUAAAUAAUCUGACGGUCUGUGCAUCUGCAAAUCAUCCAUACAGUAAAUGAGCAUAGAAA